CUGCAAUUUCCUUAAUCCUUUUUGGGCACGUUGAGACGGUUUACAACUCCUACUUUCCAAAAAGACAGGCAAAGGGAGACGACAAAAAAGACCAUGAACUCAACACACAAAUACAUUAUAAAAUAAAAAUUCAAAAACCCUUUGAACUUUGAAGAAAAAACCCAGUACAUAGAUCCCCUUUUCCAUUUCUCUUUGUAAAACAGAAAGAAAGAAAGAUUCUAUUUUUAUCAUGAAAAUCACUGUUUUACGAUUAGGGGUUGUUUUAUUUUUGAUUUUUAUGUUAUGUGAUUGUUUUAUUGGAGCUUCAUGUAAAUCUGAAGAAGCAUAUGUGACCCUUUUAUAUGGAGAUGAAUUCUUGCUUGGGGUUAGGGUUCUUGGAAAGUCAAUUAGGGAUACUGGAUCCACUAAAGAUAUGGUUGUUUUGGUCUCUGAUGGUGUUUCUCAAUAUGCUAAGGAGCUCCUCUUGGCAGAUGGUUGGAUUGUGGAGAAAAUUAGUUUACUGGCAAACCCAAACCAAGUGAGGCCGAAGAGGUUUUGGGGCGUCUACACAAAGCUAAAAGUAUUCAACAUGACCAGUUACAAGAAAGUGGUGUAUCUUGACGCCGAUACCAUUGUUGUUAAAAGCAUUGACGAUCUGUUUAAAUGCGGGAAGUUCUGUGCAAAUCUAAAACAUUCUGAGAGAUUGAAUUCUGGAGUCAUGGUGAUUGAGCCAUCAGAAAAGGUUUUUAAUGAUAUGAUGAGCAAGGUGACCACUUUGCCUUCUUACACCGGAGGUGAUCAAGGUUUUCUCAACUCCUACUAUGUUGGGUUUGCUAAUGCUCAUGUUUACGAGCCAAAUUUGCCUUCAGAUGUCUUAAAUUCUAGAAAGGUUCCUGAAAUGGAGAGACUUUCUACUCUUUACAAUGCAGAUGUUGGCCUCUACAUGCUUGCUAACAAGUGGAUGGUGGAUGAAAAGGAACUCCGAGUUAUUCAUUACACACUUGGCCCGCUUAAACCGUGGGAUUGGUGGACUUCUUGGCUGUUAAAACCUGUUGAUGUGUGGCAGAAUGUGAGGGUACAACUUCAAGAAUCUCUACCUGGAACUGGUGGGGGCAAAAAUUCCAGAGAUGAACUUCUUGUCAAAUUUCUUUAUUUGCUUCCGUUAGUUCUGAUAGCAUUUUCUUACUAUCGGUCUUUCCUACAGACACAAUCACUAUGGCUUCAUAUCCGACAACUGUACUACAAGGUCAGAGGAGGUGUCCUAGCUUACGCCUCUGUUCCGCCAGCUUCCAUCAGCUCCAACCAGCCGGUGAAGGUGCCUGCUUUUCUGGGUGCGAUAUCUGUCUGUUGCUGUUUUGCUGCUGCGCUGGUGUCCCUUGGCCUUCCACUUCUAAUCAUUCCACGCCAAGUAAUGCCAUGGACCGGUCUCCUCUUAAUGUAUGAGUGGACAUUUACACUUUUCUUCCUCUUGUUUGGAAGUUAUUUGCACUUAGUGUAUCAGUGGGGAAGGGUUGCGGCAAAUCAAUCUGGACUUCCUGUAUCUUUGGAUUAUGAACCUGGAAAAGGUCAUCAGCGGCAGCAAUCAUGUUGUGACAUUGCGGCGUGGUACUAUGGGUUAGGAAUGGCAUUUCUUGCCAUUGCGGCCCCUGCGUUGCCUGGCAUUUUUGGAGUCACUUCUUUGUUUUUAAGGUUAGGUUUGAUGGUGGUCGGUGGUCUUAUUUUGGCAUCCUUCAUGACAUAUGCUUCCGAGCAUCUAUCGAUUAGAUCAUUCGUUAGAGGCUAUGAAGAAAAGAACACACCAAAGAAUAGGAGUGUAUGUUUCUUAUGCUGAUCAUUUCAAUUUUUUAGUUUCAGCUAACUACAGGCAACCAUCUUCUUCAUCUCAUUUGUAACUUGUUUUGACAUAUUCUUCCCAGUGAGAUCAUAUGUAGAAAAAUAUGCUGGGAAUUUUUGGCUUCUAAUAUACUUCAGGUGUAUUUCAUUGUAAGGUUAAAGCUCAAUGCUGUCUGUAUAUGCUUCUUAAAUUUUGAUUGAUUACAAUAUACUAUCUUGAAUGGGA